GCUGUAGUCAUGUUACAGCUCCUGUUAUUCUUUACCUGAAACGUGCUAAUAUAGAACGACUGACGUUGUUGAUAUGGGUAGUAUAAUAUUAUCCGGAAAUAUGGAGUAGUUGAUUGAGGGGGAUCCCCUAAGGAAGGGUGAAUGUGCAUUGUUGUUGGUAUUAUGGCGCUGCCAUGUCCCUGGCUGCCUAGGAGAAAACGGAAAAGUUUGAAGUGGGCGGGAACAGAGUGGAGAGAGAAUCGCACAGCACCAGGCCUUUCUGAACUCAUUAACUGGUUUAUUUAAGAAAACUCGAGAAAAUAAAUACUGUUCUACGAAAACUAGGAACAACAGCAUGUCCUCCUCACACUCCUCUUCUCUGGAGUUUCUUCAGGCUGGAAAGCCUGUACGCAGGUCCACAGCAGGCCCUCACCUUUCCACUGGCCCAGGGAAUCAUGGAAAGCAGCUAUUAAAAGGAGAUAGCGCCAAUGAAUUCCAGUCACAUGGCUCAAGUAGGAGGUCUUCAGGAAAUGACCAGAAACUGGUGAAACUUAAAGAAGAAAAUGAAAAACUUAAGCAAGAAUUAGAAGACUUGAGGCUUCAGUACAAACGACUGAUUGAAGAGGGACAGAAUGAAUGUUUAGAUGAGAGGCGGAUCAAUCUUUUGAAGUCUCAGGUGUUGCAGUUGGAAAGGCAGGUGAUGCUGCUGACAGAAGGACUCAGCUGCAGAGCAUCAGUGUUACUUGAAUUUGGCAAUGCGUUACAAGCUGUUCUUGAUAAGCUUCAGUUUUUACUUGCCAGUGAAAAUGGUUCGCCAGAAGUUCCAAUCACUAGAGUAGAAUUAAUACAAAUGAUUGAAAUAUGCCGCUCUAUGCAGGACAAGCUACGUCACAGUCAUCAGGCAACAAAUGUAGAGAACCUUGCACUACCAUGGGUAACGUUUGGAAGGCAAGCAACAAAAAGCCCAGUGACUCUUUUGGAUCUCUGUUAUGGAAAAGUUGAUAAUCUUAACCUUUUUUAUGUGAGUGCUCUUGAAGGAAAACUUAGCACAUUGUUCAGACACCUGCAUGCUACAAGGCAAACGUUGUGCCAUAUUUUAGCCCCAGGAACACAGCCUCCAGAGUCGGCUCAUCAUAUACUGCCAACUGUUGUGUAUUCCAGAUUAAUAAAUCAUUUGACAAGAUGUAAUCAGUCCUUGGAGGAAUGUUGCCGAGAUUUGCUCACAAUGACACUUGUUGUACCAUCUGCACCUUGGGCAAAAAUCGAGUGCUGUCUGAGCCAGGAAUUUACUGUGGAGAAUGUGCUUGCAGCACUGCCAGCAUUUCCCAAAGGUGCUCCCCAGCAGCGGGCAAAGAGAGCUGCAGAAGCAUUAGUGAAAGCUGCCAAUUAUUCCAGGCUAAUGGCAAUGCAACAGAUCUUUGCUCUGGAAGCUGAGCUUGAGUUCCACAGAGGCAUUUACAACUUACAAGUGCAAUACACCCAAUCUCUUUUCCAAGGGAUAAAACAAGCCUAUCACAAUUUUCAAGAAAAUGUUGUUGCAGUUGUUUGUUCUCCACUGAAAGAUGUCCUUUCCUCCUACAAUGACCUUAAAAGUGAAGCUUCUGAAACUGCCCUGAGAAAUUUCCUAACAAUUUUCAAGAACAAUGUGGAACAGAUUCAGGAUGCAGUUGACAUUUUGACUCCAUCAAAGACACAACAACGUGAAGGUGAAGAGGCCUUUUCAAAACUGGGCCAGGAAUUCUUUACUUCUUUAGACAACUCAAUCAAAAAAUGUGGAGAACAAAGAGAUCGAUCUGUUUUUGAAAUAGAAAGAUUAAAACAAGAAAUGAAUCAAGCAUUAGAUGCCGUCAGAAGUUUAAAGAUGGAGAGGAAGCAAAAAGGAAGUUCAUCCAAUGAUCAGUCUGCAAAAUCAGAGGGAGAAAAUACAGAUGGGAGGGGGCAGCCACCUGUCAGUUACACUCAAGAGACAAGAGAUAUCACCUCUCAGCUGUCUGCACUCAGAAGAAAGAACUCCCUCGCCAUUCCUAAUGAGAAGGAAACAUCAGAGAGACUGUCUUUACAACAGAGUCAAAACUCUGGAUCAGCACGUCAAAGAAGCAAAAGCCUCCAAAGGAGCAAAAGUGUAAAAAUGCAGCCUUCCUGGCAAGUUUAAUCAAAAUAUUUAAUGAUGAUGACAAUAUAUUAUAAUUAUUACAUUACUGUAGACAGAUCUAUUUUAGCAACACUUACAUGGUGCACUAAUAGUGUCCCAAGUUGCUGAUAUGCAUGGGCUCUAAUCCACUAUUUCUGCUUUACAUUUGGUCCUUCUUAUACAUCCUCAAAUUUAGUAGGGAAAAUCUGUUCAUAUUUUAAUGUCUCGGCUCCAGGAAAAAUUUGCAUUUAAUUACAUAGAUCAGUGAAGUAAUCAAAUGAUCCAGAUCACAUGACCUGUACAGUCUGUUUUUAUUGUGUAACUAGUUUGAGCCUAUGACAUGACAGAUUUGAUUCUAUUUUAUGACAACUACAUUUAUUGUUAUAAAAGUUAUCUUUUGUGGUCAUAGCAACCUUUCAGAAAUUAUAGUACUUUGCAGACUACCUUAUGUCUCCUCAUACGUUCACGUUGUUCAUGACCUCCAAUCGUAGAUAGUCCCUUGAAUUCCUAGAAAUGGUGCAGACACUUAAGAAGUGUGUCUUGAGCCUGUAUCACAAAUGGUGCUGCGUGUGACAAAUCUAUGCCUUUGUUGGGGACAUGUACAGGAAUUUGUCACAAAGAUGCACCAGAAUUAUUAGACGUGCACAAAUUAAACACUACAGGGAGCAACUUAUCAGCUCUUCACACUACUUCUCAAUAAGCUCUUUACUUUUCUUCCAAUGGAAAGAGUGAAACUGGCUAAAGUUGGUGUUAUACAACUCCAAUGCACACAGAGAAGAACCUAAAUAAAACAUUAUCCCAUAAAUUAUAUGGUAACAUGCAAAGCAAUUUACAACCCAAAAGCAUGAAAGGAAUGUUAGGGGAGUUAUCACAUAUAUAUAUACUCUGCCGCUUUCUAAAUCAUCAAUGUUCUCAAAGUGUCAAGAUUUUACAAUCUGCAACAACUGUUGGCUCCGAAUUCGGUCUCUCUGUGUGCCUCUUAUGCAAUAAUACACAGGUCUCUCUGCUUUCCUACUCAACAGAGUCAUUUACAAUCAGUGAAGAAUAUAGUUCCCAAUCUGAUCUCCAAUUUCAGUAAUUCAAAUAUAAUACCUACAAAUUGCAAUUUAAUUUACAGUUUGCUGCUCCAAUUGCUUAUCUCCUUCCUUGGUUUGUGAACAGCACUGAGCCUGAAGUGUCUAUACCUUGGACAUUCCAGCCUCAGUGCAUGUUCACUCCCUUUGGUAGCUCUGCAGCCAACAGCAUUCUAUCAAUGGAUGGCUUAUCAUUGUCCAAAUAUGGCCACAUCCAUAUUUUGGUAAUGAUGUCAGCCACAAUGCCAACCUAUUAUUUACUUUCUGCUGUCAACUAGGAAAUCUCCCUGCCACCAGUGCCUGUUUUCCAGAGCAGAAUGACGGUCGGUACUGGUUUGAAAAUUAGCACAGAGCUUUUAUGAAUUAGGUGCAGGCAAUAUUAAAGGGACCAUAUAAAUUAUUUUAGAAUUCUUAGGAGAGGUUUAACAGUGGACAGUGCAGUCUCUAGGUAGGAGAACAAGGAAAGAGCAGGGGGUGCCUUGCCAUCUUGUGCUUACGGGGUUGUGAGUUUCUGUUGAUUCGCACAGUGUAGGGAGAUGCAACUCUAUUCCCUGCAUGCAUGCAGUGUAGCUUCAUAGGAUGUUUCAGGAGAAAGGUAUCAUGGCUGUGGCAUGGCUCCCUCAAUGGAUGGCACGUUGUCCAUUGAGAGCACAAUGCACAUGCACUGGUGAUGUCACCGUUGCACGUUUAUGAGAUAUUCACUGUACCUACAGGUAAACCUUAUUUUAGGCUUACCUGUAGGUACAAGUAAAUAAGGUGGGCUUUACUACCACUUUUAAUGUAAUAUAUUAGUAAGUGAGUAAAUCAGUUGCUGAAAGUGCUUAGAAAUUUAAGAUUUAAUAAAACUAAAAUUGAAUCACAUGCCCAGAACAUGCAUGCUUUUAAUGAGAAAUAAAUAAAAGUAUCAGACCUCCUUGUUUCUAUAGUAAUUCAAGGCAGCUAUUUAGAAUAUUGAAGCCAAAGCAUUAAAAUGACAGCUAGGCAGACAAUCACCAGACCUGAAUACUGUCAUAUGGGGCAGGUAAGGAAUGCUUAGCCUUAUGUAAUGUCGGUAUUUGUAUAGGUUUUUUGCUGAGGUUUACACCAACACUGAAGGCACGUCCUUAAAACCUGUGCCCAUUGUGUAGCAUUAUUUCUUCAAACAUUUGGAGUAAGGAAAUAUUGUUUUUAUUGAUUCCAUAUGCAGAACAUUUUAUUUACCAUGUCCCCAUUCAGCUCACAUGCAAUAACAAUUCUUUAGGUUUUUUUUUUUCAUUUCUAUAUUUGCAUGUCCUGGUGUUCUACAUGGUAAAUUUAAAUCUGUUGAAUGCUUCUAAAGCAAUUUCUGUCAAUAUGCCUGUAUAUGCCUUUCUUUUAUAUCUAUAGCCUUUAAUUACCACUGGUUAUUAAUGGGCAACUAUUUAUGCCAUAAUUUGUGAAAUGCAGUUGAAUAGACUAAUAUAGCCUUUAGUUCUGUAUAAUAUAUAAAAAUAUACAAGUAUUUGAAGUCAAAAGCAAAAAUAUAUAUCCCAAUAGAAUAAUAAUGCUAACAGCCCUGGUCUGCUUGUUAGUUUGGAAUGGCCCCAGGAAGCCAAAGUUCUCAGAGCUGCCCAGAAAUGUUUUCAAGACAGCUGAUUGGCAGGGAUCUAAAGUAGUGAAGCCCAAUUUCUAGAACUACUUCUUUUCCAUUUAAUUUGUUUGAUAAAAAUGAUUAAAAAAUAUAAAAAAACAAAGUUAAAGCAUCUAAUCAUCGCUAUGUCCCUUCAUCUUUACACACCAUUUCCAAGCAGUGCUUGAAUUUUCCAGUACUGGUAAACUGCUUAGACAAUGCAUUGUUUUUAAUAGAAUUUGUUCACAUCAUUGUGAAGAGGAACAUUAAAAUAAUGCAUGUUGCGUUUUCAGAGCAGUUUUUCCAUUGUAAUCUAAAACAGUACUUGCAAAAUGCUGUAAAAUGUUUAUUAUAAGCAAUUGUACAGAAAAUGGCAUCCCAAAUGCCUGUAAAUUAAAACGCUUGCGAAAAUGCAACUCAUUGUUUUGAAAACGCUAAUUAAAGUAUAUCUAAGCCCUGGUUCACAUUAAUGCUACUUUGAAAUCGUGCUACUUCACUUGAAAUAGCGUGAUUUCAAAUAGCAAGGUCAAGGUGAUUUCAGCUGCUACUUGAUAGACAUCUGUGUGGCUUCAUUCACAAAUGUCUAUUGAAAUCACACCUGAAAUCGGCAA